UUCGGGAGGGCUGAGAGUCACGUUUGAAAUCGCUUCACCGCGCGUCGUUUUUUCGUUCUGUUACUAACGUUUGAGUCCCUCGUCGGUAUUUGUGGUGGAGUUGCAUAGCGGCUUGUGUGUUCGCUCGGAUGGCGACUCGUGAAACACGUCACGUAUAUAUCGGAACCGGGUUAUUCGAGACAGGCUCGUUAUCCGGAGUUAAACGGAUCUUUGUAACACGAGAACGGUAAGCAUAGUGAGAGAGAAAGAGAGAGAGAGAGAGCGAAGAUAAAGCGGUCAAAUUCAAUAAAAAAAGUUCAUAAAAAUCAGAAAAAUAAACAGCGAAGUGUACGAAGGGAUUGUUUUGACCGAGUGUUUGUGAUUCGUGUGUGUUCAUCUAUAUAUAUAUAUUUGGAUGCAAGAAAGUUAAGUGCUGUGGCGUUGAUUCGUCGACCGGAUCGCCCGCCGAUUGGAAUAAUUGAGCAUAUAGAUACACAUAUACAAAUUCAUAUAUGCGUAUCGGCCUGUGUGUCUCUUGAUAUUGGGGAAUACAUACGAAUUUGGUGGAAGCGCUGACGAGAGAAUCGCACAAUCAUGAAGACAAAAAAAUUCUUCAUAUUCAACAAGAAGCUUCUUUAACCCCGAUGCGACGAUUCGAUCAUCGAGCAUUUAACGAGAAGGAGGAGGUGGAGUAAAGAAGCGCGGAAGAAAAUCAUGAGCGAACGAGAAGAAGAAGGCGUUUUCUAGAAAAUCGGUAUCUCGACGCCGUUGCGAUUCGAAAAUUUCAACGACAAGAGGGGAAGCUUCGACGACGAGAAUAAAGAGGAGGAGACAUUGAAAGGAGCAAUUUUGGGAGACGGCGGAGUAUCGGAGAGCGAUCGAGGCAAGGGGGGGGGGAGGAUCAUCCGUUUAUCUCGAGUGAGAGGUCGAAAAAUCGAGUGUAAAAUAGACACAUGUUUUGCGAAGGGGAGGAGAUAAAGGGCUUCGUGCGUAGGUCGCGACUCGUGUAAUAAACCUAUUCGGUGAAGUUGACUUCGUGAUUCGCGAUCGGGAGGAGUUCCCCCGAUGCGACCUGGCGGGGCAGUAAUUUUUUCGCGGGAACCGGAAGUUCUGGUGGACGUGAACGAGAGCGUGAAAAAUAACAGGGGGAAGAAGAACAUUGAAGUGAGCCGAUUCGGUGGCUGUUACCGUUCCAACUGUUGCGACUUCAUAGAGGCAAAAACCUGGCGAAGAUCAGGGAGGACAUUGGCAACGGCGAGGAGAAUCAAGGAUCGCGAGGUAUAUAUCAUCGAGCUGGAAAGGAGGAAAGGAAGCCAUUUUAAUAUACGUAAGAACAGCAGGGGGGAGUACGGAGACGAGGCCGUGGAGGAGAGAAGGGAGAAAACGUUGGACGAGGAAACUGAAAAGUUGAGAGAAUCGGGACGCCUCGUUUUUCAAAACUCGCCCAUUCCGAAGGGAAAUAUUUGUGGCAAAAAGAUUUUUUCGUCCAUAGAUUCAGAGUUCUUGUAUCGCGAUAUCAAACAAAGGACUAAGAGACGAAGACGGCGAAGAAGAAGACGAGGAAGAGAACGAGGAGGAGAAGAAGAAGAAGAAGAAUAAGAAAAAUAAAAAGAAGAGAAAGAAGAAGGGGAGCAAUUAUUCGGGUGGUGGUAGGGACAAAUCGCGUUUGAACCCCUCCUCUACCCCCUUCCCCCGUUCCUAUUUCACACACUCUGUAAAAAACGAUCCCCACGCUAGUGUUCAACACUACUCGGGUACGAUAAAUCAGUGAAAAUCAUCGUGUUCAUGAGUCGAAAAGAUGAGGACGCGGAAGUUGCUGAUAUCCCUCGUAGUGUAUUUUCUCCUUAUCGGAUACUUCGUACACUCUCAGGAAAACCCUCCACGUCCUAAAAACAAAUACGACUAUUCCUUUUACUCCAAACAAUCCGAUAAAACCGUCAAUGGAAAAUACAAAUCACUCGACUCGGACAAAUAUCAACGUGGCAAACAGUCCUUGGGGGUUGAUGAUCCACAUUUCACAUCUAAAACCGACCAAGAUUCACAAGAUCAGGAUUAUGCCUACCAAAACAACGGAACCGUCGACGCGCCUGCUGGCUCUUUGGAGGGGAUGUCAGAAGAAAAGAGCAACCAAUCGACAUCGACGAGUAAGCCGAAAGAGUAUGUUGAGCCGAGUGAAUCGUCGAGUGAAAAAAAUUUGUCGAAACAGAAAGUUCUGACAAUAGCUGAUGGAGUAUGCUCGGACAUCGAUAUACGAAACAAUGUUGACAGCUUCAAAGUCCUGGAGGAUUGUCACGUUAUCGAGGGUUUUCUACAGAUAGUGUUGAUCGAGAACGACUCUGAGGAUGAUUUUCAGAAUAUCAGUUUCCCCAAAUUGCGCGAAGUCACGGAUUUCGUUCUUAUCUAUCGCGUCAACAAUCUCAAAACGCUCGGUGGAAUUUUGCCGAAUCUCGAAGUUAUCCGAGGUGACGUUUUGUUUGCUGAUUAUUCAUUCAUGAUUUACGAGAUGCAGAAUUUGCAGGAGAUUGGCCUGAACAGAUUGACCGAAAUAUCGAGAGGCGCCGUCAGGAUAGAGAAAAAUCCUUCUCUGUGUUAUCUUUCGACUCUUGACUGGGGAUUGAUCGUUAGAGCAGGCGAAAACUUCAUCAAAGAUAACAGCAACGAAGCUCCGUGCCCUGUUUGUUCGCAUUGCCCUAACGGACGAUGCUGGAACGCGAAGCAUUGCCAGAAGACCGAAAAGCAGAAAUGCCAUGAACAGUGUCUGAGCGAGUGCGACGGUCCCACCGAAGCCGAUUGUUACGUUUGCAAAAAUUUUCAAUACCAGGGCCGAUGUGUCGAGAAUUGCCCGUCUCAUUUAUUUGCGUAUCGUUCGCGAAGAUGCAUCACAAAGGAGGAAUGUCUGAGAGUGAACACUUUGCCACAUGCUCAAAAAGCCGAAGAAACCGGUCCAUGGCGACCUUUCAACGGCUCCUGUUUAGUUCAGUGUCCUCAUGGUUUUGAGGAGGCAAUCGAUGAAAACAACCUGACGACGUGUCGAGUCUGCGACGGUCUCUGUCGAAAAGUAGGUCGCAGCGCGAUAAUACGUCACGUCGCGGACGCUCAGAUUUUUCGUGGUACGAUGAUAAUAAAAGGCGCUCUCGAAUUUCAAAUACGAAACGGUAAUCCGACGAUAAUGAACGAAUUGACGGAAGCGUUUGGUAUGGUGGAAGAAAUAACGGAGUAUUUGAAGGUGACGCAUUCGUUUCCACUAACGUCACUGGGUUUCUUCAAAAAAUUGCGUGUCAUAAGAGGGGAAAAAUUGGAUAUAAACAACGCGAGUCUCCUUAUCCUUGACAAUCCAAAUCUCUCGGAUCUUUUUCCGGAGGAUCAGCAGAUCGAAAUACAAAAGGGGCGUUUGUUUUUUCACUACAAUCCAAAAUUGUGUUUGUCGAGAAUCGAGCGGUUGGGAAGAAUGGUCGGAAUAACAAAUUUCACGCAUCUCGAAGUUCAGCGUGAAUCAAACGGAGAAAAAGUAGCCUGUGACAUCGUCGACAUAAACAUCAGAGUCGAUGCUGUGGGCCCGAAUUACGCGAAUCUUGUUUGGGACUCUUACAAGCCUCACCGGGACCAACAGUUGCUCAGUUAUUUGCUUAAUUACAUCGAGACGGACAACGAUAAUAUAAGCUACGAAGGAAAUUCUUGUGGCAAGCGCAAUAACAACACCUGGCAAAUAAUAGACGUCGUAUUACCGAGAAACGAAGCUCCCCAAAUGAACAUAUCGCAGAUAUUGCUCGACUUGAAGCCCUACACGAAAUACGCGGCUUACGUCAAAACUCUGACGGCCCGGAAGAAAAAUUACUUGACCAGUCCGACGGGCCAGUCGAAAAUUAUUUUUUUUCGUACCCGAAGCGACGUGCCAUCGGUCGCAACUGAUUUGAUCUCUUUUGCGGUGAGCGAUACGGAAAUCGUAGUGAAAUGGGGACCUCCGGAACGUCCGAACGGUCCGAUAUACUAUUACAUCGUUUCCGGCUUCAUAAGACCCGAUGACGAGAAAUUAUUGGAAUCCCGUGAUUAUUGCAAGCAUGGACUUGUCCCGGAAAUAGAAAACGAGCCCGUAACCGAAAUAAUCGUCAGACCAUCCGACAUCGAUCCCAAAUCUUGUUGCACCAAAGACGAGCAAACCACGUUAUCGAUGUCAAAGAAAUUCGAGAUUUUUUGUUACGAAAACAUGACCAGCGGUUCGCUCUCAAGCGGAGGUAAAAAUCAUUGUUAUUCUCAUCGGUACAACACCGUCGAGACUGAUUUUUAUAGCAUUGCCAAUAAUUUAUCUUCGUCCCGACCUUCGAUGAAAGAUUUCAAUUGGAGAAACACGCGUAACGACAUCAUCGACGACACGAGGACGCGAAUAUGGAACGGAAUAUACUAUUCGUUCGUGCACAAUGUCAGCAUGAACAACAGCUCUUACUUAUUGAAGAAUUUACGACAUUUUUCACUGUACACGAUAUCGGUCGCUGCUUGCGGUCAAAAAUUGGAAAAUGGCACGCAAAUGUGUUCCUCGAUACAAUACUCCAAUUCGAGAACGAAAAAACGCCCGAGCGCCGAUGAUGUGAGCAACGUAAACGUUCACGUUUUGAACGACACAAUCGUCUCGAUAAGCUGGGACUCGCCGACCGAUCCAAACGGCCUUAUCGUCGCUCACACCAUCGAGUAUACCAAUUUAAUAAUCAAGGACGCUAUCAAGAGCACCGCGUGCGUAACGCAUAAUAAUUAUCGUCAAAAACGCGGCACACACUUUCUUCGGAAUUUGAGCCCCGGCAAGUACAGCGUCAGAGUCCGUUCGAUGUCGCUCGCUGGCGAAGGAAAUUUUUCAGAGCCCAUUAACUUUAGCAUCGGCCUCAAAGAGGACAACACCAUCGUUCUCGUCCUUUUGCUCAUCUUCGGCUUUCUUGCAACCAUUUUCGUCGUUGGUUAUCUCGUAAAUCGUAAUCACCGUCGAAAACGACAGCAGCAGAGGCUCAUCGCGAGCGUUAAUCCCGAUUACAUCGAGUGCAAAUACGUCAAGGACUCGUGGGAAGUUCCCCGCGAUAAUGUUGAGAUACUCGACGAACUGGGUCUCGGUAACUUCGGCAUGGUUUAUCGCGGACUUCUUUGUGGCGCUACUCAAGUCGCCAUCAAAACGAUACCCGAAUCUUCAUCGGACGCUGACAAAAACGAGUUUCUCAACGAAGCCUCCGUCAUGAAGAACUUUUCGACCUUUCACAUCAUCAAACUACUUGGCGUCGUUUCCGAUGGCUCACCGCCGUACGUCAUUAUGGAACUCAUGGAUAACGGCGAUCUCAAAACUUAUUUACGGAGAAUUCGUGAAACUCAUCUCGUCCCCGAUGUCUCCAGGGUCAUUCGAAUGGCCGGCGAAAUCGCUGACGGCAUGGCCUACUUGGAAUCUAAAAAAUUUGUACACCGCGAUUUGGCUGCGAGAAAUUGUAUGGUCUCGAAAGAUCUCGUUUGUAAAAUCGGGGAUUUCGGCAUGGCUCGAGACAUCUACGCUACGGAUUAUUAUAAAAUUGGUAAAAAAGGACUUUUACCGAUCAGAUGGAUGGCCCCGGAAAAUCUUUCCGACGGUGUUUUCACCUCCGAUUCGGACGUCUGGUCUUUCGGCAUCGUUCUCUACGAGAUUCUCACUCUCGCCGAAAUCCCUUAUCAGGGUUUUUCCAACGAGGAAGUUCUCAAUUACGUUCUUCGACGCGGCACCGUCAACGUGCCCCGAAACAAUCCCGAAUUGAUAAUCAAAUUGAUGGAAAAAUGCUUCAAAUGGCGGCCGAGCGAGCGUCCGACUUUUAUGGAAAUAGUCGCCGAGCUCGAGCCCUUUUUGAGCCAAGAUUUCUGCGAAAAGUCCUUCUACCACUCGGAACAAGGUGUCGAAAUUCGUAAUCUCGGCUUGAAAAAAGUUUAUCACCACGCAGCCCCGAUUCGUUUCCAUUGGGGCAACGAGACCGCUCGUUGGGUCAAAGAAUUCGAGGACAACGUGACCUUGCUCGAUCAAACCAAAGCCGGCACGAGUCGUGGUAGAAUAUUCAAAAAUGGUUUUCAACAUUUUGGCAAUUUACCGAUAAUGGAGGACGUUCCGCUCGAUAGAUGAGAAACUCCCUUAAAAUGUAACAUCGAUUUUGAGGGGGAUCUCUGUGAGUUCGCGACAUCCUCGUCACCGAGUCAGAAGACACGGAAAAAAAAUGAAAAAACGAAAAUCACAUACCGGAAAUAAUCCGCAGAUUAUUUCGGGAUAAUACGAAUGUACAAAUAGUUCUCAGGGCAACGCAAAUCGGCGGAGAUCCACGGGGGAGUCUCUUGAAAGUAUGUAGUGACAUGAGGAAAAAAAACAAAGAAGAAUUAAUCUUCACGUAAAUAAGGAAAAGGUCCAUCCUAAAGGACGUCAAACGAGGCAUUCAAACUCGUUUUCAUCCAUUGAGCAGAGAAAAUGAAACCUGCGACAACAAAGAGACUGGCGAAAUAAAAAGAAUUUUGAGAAA